AUUGGUUGGCGUGCUAGACGUUGUCUUCCAAUCGCGUUCUUUGUUGCAUUCGUGUGGGGCGGCCCGUCGGUGAGACCCGUGAGUGAUCGGCAGGGGUUUGGCUCUGGAGUUACGGUUAAAUUAGAGACAUGUCUGGUAGUUUUUAUUUUGUUAUAGUUGGACAUCAUGACAAUCCCGUUUUUGAAAUGGAGUUUCUUCCAGCAGGCAAAAUGGAGCCCAAAGAUGACCACCGACACUUGAACCAGUUCAUAGCUCAUGCUGCUCUUGAUUUAGUAGAUGAGAACAUGUGGUUAUCCAACAAUAUGUACUUGAAAACUGUUGACAAGUUCAAUGAAUGGUUUAUCUCUGCAUUUGUUACAGCUGGACACAUGAGAUUUAUUAUGUUGCAUGAUGUGCGUCAAGAAGAUGGAAUAAAAAAUUUUUUUAAUGAUGUCUAUGAUUUGUACAUUAAGUUUGCCAUGAAUCCAUUUUAUGAACCUAACACCCUCAUUCGAUCAACAGCAUUUGACAGAAAAGUUCAAUUCUUGGGAAAGAAGCACCUGCUGAGUUGAACGAGUGACAGCAAUGUAAAUAUAAUUAAAGGUUACAGGAUAUUGGAAGUAUCUUUUAUUGUGUAGCAUAUUGUCUUUGACUUUUUGUCAAUUGUACUAUUCUUUCAUGUGUGUAUGUUAUAUGAAGAAAUUAUAUUGGACUUUGGCAUCUAUGUUUACUACAUGCAAGCUAUGUCAGUUACUUGUCACCUUAUAGCAACUAUGUGCCUGUUAAAGUUUUCUUGUAACCAUCAUGUUAGUAUUCAAAAACUGUGCUACAUCUGUAUUAAAUUUUGAAACGGUGUGCUUCACCUUAAACAAUUUGUCAUACUUCAGCAUUCCUAUUACUUAAUGUUUUAAUACCAAUGUGCAGGGAUGUCUAGUGAUAUAGACACUGUCUGCCCACCAUUAUUUAUAUGCUCAUUCUAGUUUGAACUAUUUUACUGUUGCAAAAGUUUAUGAAUUGUGCUAGCAAUUACUAGCUCCAGGUACAGAUCAUUGCAGCUCAUUCAACACAGCAGAUCCUAGCCUAUUGUUGGAUGAGUGUGUCUUUUGAAUGCAAAAAUCACAAUCUUUCAAGAUAGCAUUCAGCUGAAUUUCAAAUCAUGUAGAGAAGUAUUUCCCCUGAGCCUUCCUCCACCUCCAAAUGGCAAGAUGAAAUGCCACGUCAUAUCCAAACAGGUGACAAGACAGUAGAGAGUAUGCAACGCUAACCUGUAAAAGAAACACCAGUAUUUUCUUGAUUGUAGCUGUACCUGACAAUCCAAGGUAGGUAUUUUAGGGGCCUAGGAUCAAUGUAAAAUUUUGUCUGUACUGGUGGCAGCUGAAACAAGUGUCUACUGUAAGUGCUAGCUGCUUUGAUAGUCUAAGAAAUAAUUACAUUAAACUGAAUUCAUGGUG